AACUCUGAACUUUGGGGGUGUUUUUUUUUUUCACAAAUCAAAAUUUGAAGCCAUGGAUUCAAUGUAUGUAAUUGGAUUAGGCAUAACAAUCAUCAUUAUAAUCCUCACUCAAAUAGUUUCCAAAAGCUCCUCAAAACAGAACUUCCCACCAGGCAGAAAAGGUUGGCCUAUAAUCGGAGAAACAACAACAUUUGUGUCAUGCCCUGUUAAAUUUGUAGUUGAUCGAAUGAAGGAUCACUCUCCUGAUGUCUUUCAGACAUCCCUUGCAGGCGAAACCAUGGCCGUUUUCUGCGGCCCUGCAGCCAACAAAUUCAUCUUCUCCAACGAAUUGAAAUUCGUAAAGUCUUGGCUUCCUCGUUCCAUCUCCAAAGCUCUAGCUCAACAAAAUUCUGACCCAACUUCACAUUCCUUCAAACUUGCUGAUCAAGUUUCACACAAAUUUCUAAAGCUAGAUUGUAUCCAACAAUAUGUUGGUACCAUGGAUUCUAUGGUACAACAACAUUUGGACAAGUUCUGGGUUCCUUUUGAGCAAGUGAAGGUUCACCCUUUAGCAAAAGAGUUCACUUUUGAGCUUUCUUGUAGGAUUUUUGUUGAGUUCUCUAAUCCAAGCCUUCAAGUAGUGAAACAACUUCGUGAUCCCUUCUUUGAGUUUAUUGAAGGGAUCUUUUCGACCCCUCUUAAUGUCCCUGGUAUGCCUUACUAUAAGGCUCUUAAAGGGUCAAAACUUGUCCAGGAGAAACUUUACGAGAUCAUGAGCCAGAGGAAGAAGAAACUCAAACUCUCGGAUGACGAUAAUCAUGACGACAGCGAUUUGUUGGGCCGGUUUCUUAUGGCUUCUGAUGAGCAUGGAACUUGUGUGAGUAAAGAGGAUGUUGCUCGUAUUAUAAUUGGCUUUAUUUUUGCUAGCUUUUAUACUACAAGUACUACCAUUGCGUUCGUGGUAGGCUUCCUCUCAAAACACCCUCAAGUUUAUGAAAAAGUUUUACAAGAACAAAUGGAGAUAAAAAGGGGAAAAGGACCGGGAGAGCUUCUUACAUGGGCAGAUGUUCAAAAAAUGAAGUACUCUUGGAAUGUAAUAUGUGAAACCAUGAGACUUAGGCCCCCGGCUACCGGCGGUUAUAAGGAGGCUAUUACUGAUUUCACUUAUUCCGGUUAUAACAUACCAAAAGGAUGGAAGGUCCAUUGGAGUGCAUACUCAACAAGCAUGAACCCGGAUUACUUUCCUGAUCCAGAAAAAUUUGAUCCGGCGAGAUUUGAAGGGAGCGGACCUCCACCUUACUCUUUUGUACCUUUUGGAGGAGGGCCUCGGAUGUGCACAGGAAAGGAAUAUGCUCGAAUGGAGACACUUGUUUUUCUGCAUAACUUGGUCACUAAAUUCAGAUUUAAGAUGGUGAAUCCUAAUGAAAACAUUUUCUAUAACCCAGACCCUGUUCCUGCUGAAGGCCUACAAGUUUACCUUCAACUUCAUACAAACUAAAUAAAUGUAACCACAAAUUUCAAAUUUCAUGUAAUAAACAAGUGGAUCGGAUCUUGUAUAAAUCCUAUGUUUGAAUCAUAAGUUCACUACCAUGUUAAUGUUGUUUUGUUUUG